ACGCACGCCUCGGCCGGCCGCGGCGGACUAGGGCGGGAGGAACAGUCAACGGAGGGACCAGGAGCCCCGCAACCUCUCGGUCGCUUUGGCAGCAUGUGAACACCUUCUUGCCAAGAGCCCAGGUCACCGCUGUAAACCGCCCCUUAGGGAGAAGACUAUCCAGAGGGAAGCAACGCCAGACGCGAUUGGAAUUACACUCCUCGCAGGCAGCAUGAGCCACUCCGUGCGAGCCUCUGUGUCCUACUGGAAUAGAUCGUAGCUCUCCAGGUAGGAGGGUCCUGGAAGCAGAAGGCCCAGGGGGCCUCUCCAGAGGAAGAAUGGGGCCAGAUGUGAACUCUCUACAAUGAACAUGAUUUUCACCUUAUGAAGAAAUUUUAAGUAAAACAAUUAUUUAACUUCUACAUAUUCAAGUGCAGUUGCCUUCUGUGUGAAGCGCCAGCAGUCACGCCCCUUGACUGGAGUUAUCAGGAGCUUUCUGGCACCAAGUUGAACUUUUCUUGGUAAUUCUGGCAACGACAGAUCUGCUGGACAGAUUGCCCAGUUAAAUGCUCUUGAGCAAGGGAGAUUGUAAAACCUCUGGAAGCAGCGUGAGGCCAGCAGCGCCGAGAACCCUCCCUGGCUGCGCUCUCUUUCAGACCCUCAGUCUGGACUCGGAUGCUUCUCCUGAAGAUCGAUCCUGCCACAUUCAUCUCCAAAGCCACCUAUCCUGGGGCAGCCUGGCAUUGGAGGCUGCCUCCUGCGGCUCUUUUCUACCCUCGCCCGACUCUCAGCCUGUCUCUUCAGUCAAAUGAUGUGAACUUUGGAAUGGAGUUGGUUAUACUUUGGGGACUUGCUUCUUUUCCCAGGCUGGUGCUGUCGGAGAGGACCAUUUGAAGGCUCGGGUUGGUUUUCUGAGAGGACGGCACUGGCCGCGCCUGGAUCCUCCACCAUGUUCUUGUUGCUGCCUUUUGAUAGCCUGAUUGUCAACCUGCUGGGCAUCUCCCUGACUGUCCUUUUCACCCUCCUCCUCGUUUUCAUCAUAGUCCCAGCCAUUUUUGGAGUCUCUUUUGGUAUCAGAAAGCUCUACAUGAAAACCCUGCUCAAAAUCUUUGCGUGGGCCACCUUGAGGAUGGAGAGAGGAGCCAAGGAGAAGAACCACCAACUCUACAAGCCCUAUACCAACGGAAUCAUAGCAAAAGAUCCCACUUCACUGGAAGAAGAGAUCAAAGAAAUCCGCCGGAGUGGGAGUAGUAAAGCUCUGGAUAACACUCCAGAGUUUGAGCUCUCUGACAUUUUCUACUUUUGCCGGAAAGGAAUGGAGACCAUUAUGGAUGAUGAGGUGACAAAGAGAUUCUCAGCAGAGGAGUUGGAGUCCUGGAACCUGCUGAGCAGAACCAAUUAUAACUUCCAGUACAUCAGCUUGCGGCUCACUGUCUUAUGGGGGCUAGGAGUGCUGAUCCGGUAUUGCUUCCUGCUGCCACUCAGGAUCGCUCUGGCUUUCACGGGAAUUAGCCUCCUAGUGGUGGGCACAACCAUGGUAGGAUACUUGCCAAGUGGGAGGUUUAAGGAGUUCUUAAGUAAACAUGUGCACCUGAUGUGUUACCGGAUCUGUGUGCGAGCACUGACUGCCAUCAUCACCUACCAUGACAGGAAAAACAGACCUAGAAAUGGUGGCCUCUGUGUGGCCAAUCAUACCUCUCCUAUUGAUGUGAUCAUUUUGGCCAGUGAUGGUUACUAUGCCAUGGUGGGUCAAGUGCACGGAGGACUCUUGGGUGUGAUUCAGAGAGCCAUGGUGAAGGCCUGUCCGCACGUCUGGUUUGAGCGCUCUGAAGUUAAAGAUCGCCACCUGGUGGCUAAGAGGCUGACUGAGCAUGUGCAGGAUAAAAGCAAGCUGCCUAUCCUCAUUUUCCCAGAAGGAACCUGCAUUAAUAAUACAUCGGUGAUGAUGUUCAAAAAGGGAAGUUUUGAGAUUGGAGCCACCGUUUACCCUGUUGCGAUCAAGUAUGACCCUCAAUUCGGCGAUGCCUUCUGGAACAGCAGCAAGUAUGGGAUGGUGACGUACCUGCUGAGAAUGAUGACCAGCUGGGCCAUUGUCUGUAGUGUUUGGUACCUGCCACCAAUGACCAGGGAGGCAGAUGAAGAUGCUGUCCACUUUGCUAACAGGGUGAAAUCUGCCAUUGCCAGGCAAGGAGGACUCGUGGACCUGCUGUGGGACGGUGGUCUGAAGAGGGAGAAGGUGAAGGACACGUUCAAAGAGGAGCAGCAGAAGCUGUACAGCAAGAUGAUCGUUGGGAACCACGAGGACAGGAGCCGCUCCUGAUCCUCCCCUUGUCUUGCUGGAGCCGCCGUUCUCAGACCCUGACGUGUGAGCCAGCUUGAGUCGUUGCUGCCACGCUGCUGCCGCCCCUGCUACAACCUUUCCACACUCGGGGCCUCAGGCUGCUCUGGACCCGUGGACUGCAGCGUCUCAGAGUGGCGCCAGAGCCCCAGGGUCUGCAGGGCAGCUAAGGCAGCCAGCCCAUGGCUGUCUGGAGUGAAUGCUGUUGGUAUGGCUACCCGGGAGGAGAUGCCUUUUUGUUUCUCUUACAAUAAGUCUAUUGAAGGAAUGCCAUUAAAGUUGACUCUCCACUGUGCAUGCUGAGCGGGGCUGAGUGUUUAUGAGGAAUCAGCCACAUUCCUGCGGGAACGUCAGUGGGUCACAGGCCCCGGGUCCUGUGCUGGAGAAGAGCCCGCCCACUCGGGAGGAGUGGCAGUUCUGAGGCCCCGUGGCUUGCUCCUGCCUCAGCGUUGCUCCCCAGCCUGGGAUCCCCACAGGCAGGCAAGAAAGAAAACUAGUCUGCAGGCGCUUUCAGCAAAAGGAAGUUUGAAAUCCUUGUGCUUCCACCCCUAGGAAGCCACCAAAGGCAGGCGCGAAGAGGCCAGCCAGCCGCUGAGCGCUCCAUCCGUGUUGCGAGCUGGGAGCCACUGCAGCCAGACUGGUGCUGGCCUCCCUGCUCCACGUGGGUGCACGCGAGCUCGCUUUCCCGUCAUCGCGUGACUCCGGCGGGGGGAGUGGUGCCACCUACCUCACAGGCUGUUGUGGGGAUCACAGUGGGGACAGACCAGUAACGCUCAGUGUUAUGAACACGGGUCCGUGAAGCAUGGCAGGACGAGGUCAGCUCAGAGCUGCUGCACAGGCCUUUGGAUUUGUUUUUGUGAGUAAAUAAAAUGUUCUUGGCUGGUGAAUGAAAUGAGGGUUUUUUCCCCUUCUCUUUGUCUUCCCUAGCUGGAACCCUGUAUAACAUGUUUUGUUUUCUGUCUUGUCAAAAUUGCCCUUAUCUUACUUGUGUAUAAUCCUGAGACUGGCUCUUGGAAUGAAGACUGGUCAUUCGGAAGAUGGACUGUCCAUGUCAGGGGGGAUAUAGCUCUCGCUCGGGUGCACAGGAUCUGUUCGGAAUUCCCAGUGUAGACUGGGAGAGGAUUUCUCCACACAUGGGGGCCAGGGUGCUGCGAGCGAGUGAGUAGUGGGCCUGUUUCACUGGAUUGGGGGAUGAGAAUGGAAGGUGGCAGGCUGGCCCAGAGGAUAAGGGGCAGGGUAAAAGCAGAGAGGCUCUGGGAGGGGAUGAGGGGCGGCAUGUGGGCCCACCACCUUACAGUCCGUGCAGGGCGAUCCAGAGACAGACAACCCUUGUGGACUCUUGCUUCUGGGGGCCCCCAGUUUCAAAUCCCUCAGAAGAGAAAGUGGCCUCCCACCCUCCAUUUAUCCACCCACCCGCCUACUCAUUUGCCUUCCCUCCCGCGCUCCAUCUGUGACACAAUGAUGCCUUCCAGGAUCUGCACCUGUCAUGUUAUAAGGUCACGUCUCCGAGGUUGCCCUCUGGCUUGGGUUUUGGGAUAUAGUGGGACAUGAAUCCUCAUUCCUUGGGCUAUUGAACAAAUAACACUUGAUCGUACUGAAGAACUACACCCUCUGACCCUUUCACGGUGACCAGAGCAGAACCGCACACGUGUCAAGGCCGUGGGUGCAGAUUCCCAAGCCUUUUUUCUGAGGUGCCUCGGGGUGGGUUUGAACUGACAACCUCUUGGGUUAGUAAGGUGCUUAACUGCUGACAACACCCCAAGACUCCAUACUCUGGGCGAGUCAGUUCUGACUGAAUUACAGGACAGAGUGGGCGGCGCCUCUUCACUGCAGCAGAAGAGCUCAUCUUGCCUCUUUCUUCAGCAUUGGCUGGUAGUUCUCAGCUGCCUCCCUGAGGUUUGCAGCCUGGCACACACCCCGUUCUGCCACCAGGUCUCCUCCCAAGACUCUCUAGUCCCCCUAACUGCCUGCCUCUCACCUCCCUGAAAGGCCUCCCAUGCCUCUGAACUACUAGACCCAUUGCUAUUCAUGAAAAGGUCCAUCUUCUCACCUUUUCUCUCAAACCUUAUUAUGAUUAUAAGUUUUGUUUUUUUCUGAACUGUUUUACAAAAUGUUCAAGAAGGGGUGAGGGGGGGAAUCAGCCUUUAUUAGAGAUGAUAAAGCAUCCAAAUGUUAUCUGGUAUAAUCCUUAAAAAUGGGACUUAGGUCAAGCUCUUUUUUUUAGAAAAAGAGACUAAUUUAGCUUCUUGCUAUUUAGUACUUUUUAUUUCAUGACUCUCAGUUAAUUUCCAUAAACAUGUACAUUGUGCGUAUGUUUGUAUGUAUGACACGUAUUUGAAAGGGCUUCAAAAAGUUCAUGGGAAAAUUGAAUUAAAUGAUAAUGCAAUUUCCCCAUGAACUUUUUGAAGUCCCCUCGUGUGUAUUAAGGUUUUCUCAUGUACUUUUCGACAAACCUGUAUGUUGCUGAAGGUAUAUUUCACAAGGCUGGCUUAGAAUCACCGCUGUGUGAGCGAAAGUUGUUUACUCUUUUACUAACAGUGGAGAGAAAGGCUCUAAACUCCCACGAAAACACAAUCUCAGGUUUUUAGUUAAUGUUGUGUUAGAAUCGUCACACUGCCCAUCCUUUUUAAAUGGGGAUCCCACAGACCCCCCAAGUUCUCCAUAAGCAAGAAUGUUCGGCUGGCAAAAACGAAAUUGGUAUUUGGGGUUAAGAUCUCAUGGCACAGAGGCAUAGCAACCAAAAAACAUGUCAGACGAAGAGUCCCAGGUAAGGCUAUUCUGUGCCUCCAGCAGGAUGGGGAUGAGCUUGCAAGAAAACCAGGUGCUGUUACUUAGUGCACGCACUGGCCAACCCUCUUGCAAAAGCCGCUCUGCCACUUGCUGGCUGACUUCUCUAGGUCGGUGUCCUGACCCUUACCUCGGGAACGGCCUAGGAGACUUCCAUCGCAGAAACCCGAUUUUAAACUCAUAGUGCACUUGGGCUUCUAAAAACGUCUGGGUCCGAAAACAUGAGUUGUCCGUUUUUGUUUUUGUUUUUUUUUAGAUUGAAAUAAACUCUACAAAAUUUAUUUUCUUCACCAAAAAUACCAGUAAUAUUUCCUGUAAUAUUUCUAAAUCACAAAGAAUUUGAUCUUGUAGGUUUUCCCAGGUUGAGUUGUCCGUUUUAAGUUCAUUUUUUUCCCCUUCAGAACAUUAUGAGGUCCAUGGGACUGAACUACACUAUGGCAUGUUCCCCACAAGACCCUUCGAGAAUUUUAGAUGAUUGGAGAGUUGAGUUCACACUUACCUUUGGGCUGAGUGGCGUAGUGGAUUUUGGCCAGCACUCUUCUCUAGCCAACAUGAACUGCUCCCAGCCUAGUUAGAGCAGGAACUUUCUAGUAAAGCUAGUAAAACUGCCCGGAGGAAGCAGAGGAGAGAGGGCUGUCACCAGGCCAGAGCUCGGCAAGACAGAACCCUUGGAGAUGACGCCUUUGUGAUAAAGCAGCAGCUUUGGAACUUGAGUGUGCACUGUCUCAGAUCCCCACCCCUGCGGCUGCUCUGCAGAGAUGAUUGGGCUGGGCGUGGGGGGUGCUGGGGAGUGUGUCCAUCCUCGGGAGCUAUCUGGUUGCAUACCUUCCUCGCAGCCCACCACCAGGGGGGACACUGAUCCUGCUCUUUAGGAAUCUUCGGGAUCUCUAAGUUCUGCCAUUUCCUUUCUGGCAUUGACCACGCACUCAGUUGUCUACGGGGUAGUGCUUCCUGUUGUCCCCAGUGCACGAAAAACCCCACUGUGUGCUCUGCAUGCCGGGUGGCCAGGCGCGGUUGCUAUGUGGGUGGUGCGUCGGUGCUGGGAGGGCAGCUGCAUGCACACUGACUCUUGGACAGGUUAAGAGACGACCAUCCAGCCAUCUAUCUUCCAGUGCACUAACACCCCCUCUCCCCCCAGUCAAUAUGUCUCUUCUCCGAUGGGAAAGUUAAUAAAUUUUGCUCUAGAUUAAAAGUAUUGAUCAUUUCAUUUGUAAACGAUAAAUAAAAAGGGGGGACUUUUCAUUGCACCAGGGGUAGCGUCUGGUGGAUUUUGCUGGGGAGAUUGCGCUAGCUGUUGGGGGUGGUGGGCUUCUCAUAUGCAUUCUGGCUGGCCAGCUGCAUUGAUUUCCUAUUAGUCUCCCAGCACCACCCAGUAACACAUCAUUUCAGUACCUGCUAUUAAUGGUCUUUUGAUAAAUAAUCACUUGUAAGUCAAUAAAUUUUUAUUAAACAGUG